AUGACUGGAACUGUCUACACAGUGUGUGGGAGGCCCGUGGUGACUGGGAAAAUCUUCGGUGGCAAGAAUGCACCUGACCAGCGGUGGCCAUGGCAGGCCAGCCUGCUCUACCAUGGCAAACACAUCUGUGGAGCAGCUCUCAUCGAUGCCUUCUGGGUGAUCUCAGCUGCCCACUGUUUCCAAAAGUCCCAUGAACCAUCAGACUACAAGAUCCUGCUAGGGUACCAUAAGCUACAGCAUCCCACUGAGCACAGCCUUCAGAUGACGGUAUACCGACUCAUUGUCCACGAUGAUUUUAAUAAGUUUCACAUCAUGGGGAGCGACAUCGCAUUAUUGCAGCUUCAUCGGUCUGUGAAUUUUACUUCCCACGUCCUCCCUGCCUGCCUUCCAGAGCCUAAUGCAACAUUGCCACUUUCUACCUCCUGCUGGAUAACUGGCUGGGGAAUGAUCACUGAGGAAGGUGAGCAGAAUAGGGCAGAUGAAGAGAAUAAGGCUGAGGAGGAGGGAGGUGCAGUGGCCACCAUGAGGCCCUGA